AUGGGAGUGUGGCGCAAAGCGUUGACGUCGGUGCACGCGACGCUCCUGCGUUCUAAACAAUCUCUCGGUCUUCGACUCAAGCUCCAGCCGGAGAAGGACAUAUUCCUGUUCAAUACUAACGAUGCAGUCGCGGAGUGGACAGCCACAAGCGACCGAUCGAUUGGAGGACUGUCGGAGUGCCGAUGGGGGUUCUUCACGGGUGCACCUGCAGAAGAUAGCAAAGAAAUGAGCAAUGAAGAGAAGCGUUCGACGAGGCUUAUCCACAAAGUGAAUAGCCAGGAUAAUGUCCCAUCCGCGGUAUUCACUGGACGGCUCAAUAUGGAUUGCCAGCCGACGGAGAUUGGCGUAGUUCGAAGUGGCUACUGCGCGGUGCGGGCAUCUGUCCCACCAGACCUGCUCUUGCACGGCUACGAAGGGAUUGCAAUGCGAAUAAUGACGGAUGGGCGCGAGUAUCGCAUGAAUGUGCAGAUGGAGAGCUGGAAUCCGUUCAACCUGUACAUGGGGUUCAUCAGGACGCCGCCCAAUAAAUGGGUUGACGUUACUCUGCCAUUCCGUGACUUCCUGUUGACGGCGAAGGGCUUUGUAAAACUUGACGAUGAGACGGAACUUGAUCCUUCCCAGCUCAAAAGUGUCGGCUUUGCCAUCGCUGAUCAGAAGGAAGGCGAUUUUGAGCUGCGCAUUCAGUGGAUCAAGGCCGUGGCACAACUACGGUCAUCCGGCAAGGACGAUCACAGCGACGGCGAUGAUGGCGACGACGACCGCUACGACGACGCCAAGCGCAGAACGGAUCACUUCCAAAAGCCGGCAGAUUUAGUCAUCUGA